AGAUCAAUGUGAACGGUUAUUUCAUUAGUUUAUUUUUUUUUAACGCGAAUUACGUAUUUAUUUUUUUAUUAUUUUUUUUUUACAUUAUGGAACGGUAUUCUCAACAGUUUUUUACUUCCAUGAAUGCAGGAGAGUUGAUGCUUUUUGUUGAAAAGAAACGGAUUUCUUUACAAAAUCGUGAUUCAGUAGAAUAUGACGAUGUUAAGAUAACUCCUGCUUUUAUUGAAUUUGUUGAUCCCAGGGAAGGUCAAUCAUACGAGGCAGUAAUCACAAUUAUUAAUCGUGGCACUAGAACCGCCUUUAUCAGAAUUGAACAUCCAAUGUCUUUUGUAUUUACAAUAAAGCCCAUCGUGAGAGGGCAGAAGCUUUCCCCAGGAUUAACAAUCAAAAGAAUAGUAACUUAUAAUUAUACAAAAGCAUCUAUAUCACCUUACGCCGAAAUUCCGAUCUACAUCAAUGACCACCUGUUCUUAUAUCCAUUGUUUAAUAUAAUGUCCGAAAUACAGAUUGAGGCAAUACCUAACGAAAUAAAUUUUGGAAAUAUAAACGCCCAACGGUUAUCUCAUACGGAAACAUUUUUAGUAAGAAAUCUAUCUGGAAAAGCAGUUCGUUUUGUAGUUGACAUUUAUAGGAGCCAAUGUAUAUUAACGGUAGAACCAACGAGAGGGGUCUUGGCGCCAAAAGAAACCGCUAGAUUUAGUGUGCAAAUGAUGAGUGAAGAACCUGGCGAACACACCACCCAAUUUUGGAUAAAAUGUAGGAAACCUAUAAUUGUAAAAGUCAACGCCUGCGUUCUGCAACCUCACUUCAAAAUAUUACAUCCCCCACCUAUCAGUGACAACACGUUGUUAUUGGAUUUUGGAAAAACGUAUUUUGGAGUCUCGAUCAGCAGAUCGUUGGUUAUACGUAAUCACAGUGUUUGCAAAACAAUGUACUGUACCUUCAUUGAAUAUGAAAAGUCAGAGACAAUGGUUUCGCAAGAAGAUUAUUAUGAAGCAGGUAUUUUCAAGUGUUCUACUGCACAUGGAAGAUUUCAUCCAUUGGAAGAUAAGGCCAUAACUAUUUCGUUUAAUCCCAGCAAUCCACAGUGCAGGAAAGGUCUGUUGAGAACAAAAUGUUAUUUCAGCUUGUUUAAAUGUACCCGAGUAAACUUUCAAGACAUAGUUGGAUCAUCCAUGAAAGAUAUCGACGCUGCAACAAAAGAUUCAUAUGAGCAUAGAACUUCUAUUUCUCAUGCCCAAUCGCAGUCAUCAUUGCUAAGUUCAGUUGCAGAUGAUGAUUCCGUUAGAUCUGUUGAAAAAACAAGAUCGAUUUAUGACCAAAUCGAAAAUUCCAUACUCAUAUUUUUGUAUGCGGAAGCAUUUACAGCAGCAGUUGAUUUGGUGCCAUCAGAAAUACACAUUGACUCUAUCAGUCUAAUGGAGGCCACCACGCGAGUAAUAAACAUUAGAAAUACAAACAGAUACAUUCCAAUAUAUUUUGAGUAUAGAAAAACUGCUUUUGUUGAGUUGAAUCCAUCGAAAGGAAAAAUUGAAGCUCUAGGUCAUUGUGACGUUUUGGUGAAAAUUAUCGCAGCAGAACCGGGAAAAAUUAAGAGAAAAAUUACUUUCGACCUCUUGUAUCCCCAUUUACAUGUUACUGAUGGAAAAGGAAUGGAAACAGUUGGUCAGGCUGAAGCAUACAUUUUGUUCGAACCAUCCUUCGUGGUAAAGAAACCUAUUCCAAAGAUCAACCAUGGAAUCACUCCCGUCAUCACGCACGAAACUGGAUUUUUACCAGAAGAAGUCGCUUUUAAUACCACUAUUUCCUUACCACCUAUUGCUAUGGGAAGGAGAAUUAAAGACGAAGAUAAAAAUAGCAAUAUAAUAGCCUUUCCCAAUGACAGACCUAAUUCCCUAAGGCCUCGUCGGAAUUUAACUAAAAGGUGUACAACAAUUUUUGCCAAGCUUCCCAGAAACAUGACAAAUUGGGACGUAUACGAUUUAUCGGACAAGUUAAAAGAGGAUAGAGCAAAUGCAAAGACCUACAUCAACAUGUACGUUAAAAAAAGAAGAGACAGUUUCGUAGAAAAGCAACAGCUUGCCAUAAAGAUGGAAAAGGAGAAACGCGGUCCAGAUUACGAACUUACUGAUAAAAAUCGCCUGUUGAUGAAAAAUAUGCCAAAGGAACAAAAUCCUAAUGUGACAUUAAUAGAACCACACUACAAUUCACCCUACAGUAGUAUGCUGCCCUUGUCUCCGAAACAUCUUCACAAUAUAAAAGUGCACCCCUCCAAAAUUUUUCUAAAACACAUUUUUGUGAGCAGCUCUGUAUUUGAAACAGUCACUGUACAAAACUUGAACAACUUUAGUUUGUGGAUUUACCUUAGGACAUCCAAGAAUUGCCUGACAGUUGUCAACAAAAGUCGAAAAUGUGUUCGGGCAAACUCAACCGAGGACUUCGAAUUAGAAUUUACUGCCCCAUCGAAAGCAAAACAAGUCUUUGUCACUAUGGAAGUGAUUGCCAACGAUUGCCAUUUUAGUGAGAUAGAUUUUGCAGCACAGGUCGUCGACAUGAUGGUGCUCUUAGAUCAGACAGAACUGAUGUUUGAAAACUCAGAAUGCUAUAAGAUAGUCACCCUUAAAAAUUUAGUUUAUGCAAAAUGUAGUUUUUAUUGGAAACUAAACGGUAAUCAUUUUCGAAUUGUGCCCAUGACCGGGACAAUUCCUCCACUCGGCAUCUUAAAAUGUGCCGUUUACAGAAAACAAUGCGAUGAUCGGUACCAUGAUACAGAAGCUCAAUUGAAUUUCACUUCGAGCUCGUUGUACAGAACGAUUUCUUUGAAUGUCACGUAUACUCCCUUCAAUGUGGUGUUACUAAGAAGUAGUUUAACAGUUUCCGACCUUCCUUUAAAUAUUCCCGAAAAAAGAACUGUCGUUCUCAGGAAUUUGGAUAGUAGAUGCUUAUCAUUUACCGUUGUUGGCCAAGAAGGCAUACCAGGUUUGACCGUAUCCCCUAAUAGUGGAAUCCUUAAAUGCAAACAGGAUCAAAACAUUUCGAUAUUUUUUCAUUUUAAAACGAUAUGCGAACUGAACUGCAAGUUGCAUGUCAUUGUGGGACAUCAGACAGAACUACAUUUAAAUAUUAACGUCAGCGUCGUGUAUCCAAACUAUCAAAUAGCGCCGAGUGUUAUCAAUUUCAAGAAGAUUGCAUGCUUCUCUACAGCGAGAGCUUCAUUUACGAUAGAGAACAAAUGCUCUUGCAGAACCCACUUUCAGUUUCCUUUGAUCGAUUAUCCCACGUAUAACGUAAAAGAAUCAGACGAUUAUACUGCUGAUAUUGUACCUCGAAGCGGAAUUUAUAUUGAACCAGGCGAAAAGAAAAAAUUUUACCUGUUUUUCACUCCCGUUGAAGUAAGAACGGUUAAAUUCUAUUUGCCACUCAUUGUAAAUGGCAUUUUGGGUCCGACAUCGAUGAACACUGCAGAAUCAAAAAACGUCUCGCAUUUCUCUCAAAAAUACAACGAACUGUACCUUUCUAUUAGCAAGUUUCAACUGCCAACAAGUGGUCUUCGCACGCUAUCAACGAUGACGAUCAUGUCUGUGGUUACAAAUGCUAUCCUCAAACUUUCUAAAUUUGCCUUUCAUUUUGAAAAUACCCCAACUGGUCAUCCCCAGUCCGCUAUGAAGGACAUUCUUACCAUAACCAAUGUAGGUGAUACUGAAAACGAGUUUUGCAUUAGAACUGACGACACCAAAGACAAUAUAUCAAUAGUUUAUACGGGAAAGGAUUGCCCCUUUGAAGCAUACGAAAACUCGAUUUCUGUCGUUCUGGACGUGGGCCAGGAAAUUUCUCUAGAUGUUGUGUGCAUAAAUGAAUCUAAAGAAAGCGAAAAGGUUUACGCUCCCAUAUUUGUAAGACAGUACGAAAAAGGCCCGUUGUACAGAUACAUAUCAUUCGAAUACAUUUAUCAGUCCCCAACUAUCACCUCAGCUGAUGAGAUUGUUUUCUUUCCACCCGUACCGCCGUAUUGUGGCAUUGAGAAAACGAUAUACCUUCAACUGUCUCACCACGUAAUGGCCGAGUGCUAUAUAACUACCGAAACCGACGUAGAUCCGCUAAUCGUUACCGUGGGUGACAGAAAAAAACUCAGCGACAUCGAAGAAACUGUUCCUGUUACCUUGUUCAUUUAUUUUAAUUCACAUCUGGUUGUCGAUACCGCCAUAAAUAUUAAAUGUUCGUGUGGGGCAUCGCUUAAGAUUGGAAUCAAGGGUUGUGCUGAGAAUAGCCUGGUUACAAACAGUCCUUUUAUGGCAGUAUAUGUUGAUCCUGGCGAUGCAAAAAAGCCCAGAGAUGAAUACAUUAUUGACAAUCAGGAUUCCUGUUGUAACUUAAACAUAGACGAAUACUGUGUAUUCUUUGGAACUCGGCUUAACAUUCAAGAUUAUUGCUAUCCACUCUUUCCCCUGGCAUCUCCCGAUAAUAAGUACUACGAACAUAUGCAACAUAUUCUCAGUAUAUUAGAAAAGGUAAUAUACGUGCAGGGUUUAAAAGAACGUAAAUAUAUUAAAAUUCCUGACGAUUUUACGUCGAUGCCUCCAAAACUCAGAGCCAAUGAUCCCAGAAAGGAAGUAUCAAUAAAUUUAUACUUGGAGGUAGUUCUGAUGAACAUCUUCGGAAAACAGAUUGUGACUCUUUGGUGUGGCAAAAGGACACUUCCUGAAAAUGACCCAGAGAGAUUGAUAUAUAUUUAUGAAACAUACUCUACAAUAAUUUCGUACGUUAAAUCGGUAGGGGGCACGUGUCCUCAUGUGUGUGCCGAAUAUUUAUUUUCUUACGACGAUUAUUUGACGUUUAUCAACGAAAUCGUUCCUCAAGACAGGGAGACGUACCGAUUGGAAUUGAAACGUCCGUAUAACGAACAAACCUUUUAUCGUCGGAGUAAACAAUGUUGGAUUGAUUUAUUAUUGCAAACGUUUAAAGUUAUUUCACUAUUUCAAAUUAAUGCCAUGCCAUUAUCUCCCGAAUCGGUUGCAGUCACUUCCGAUGCCGACGUUAUAACGUAUUUUGAAGAAGAAAUAUCGAGUUCUGAUCGAUCGAUUUCGACCGAUGACGACGUUGUGUCACAAGAAAGCAGCAACUUCGUCGAGAAAUUAGACGAGAUUUCUGUUAUACCUUUAACGGUUAGUGAAGACGCAGAGAAUGAAUUUUUGAGCACGCACGAACUGGUAAUCCUCUUUUGGCUCGAAACGAAUUACAACACGCAAAUAAAAAAAGUAUGGAAAACACAAAAAGACGGCAGUUUGCUACGGGAACGACAACUAAAAAAUUUCGAUUACGACUUACGAGACUGUUUAGUCCUAUUAGCGACAAUAUCCUAUUAUUGUCCUUUCUUGGAUGAUCGGAUCGAAGAGGUCGCUUUCGACGUCAAAUCUGCAGAAAACAGGCACCAUAACGCCAUAAUAUUGAGGCAAUGGCUUCGAGUAAUAAACGUCGACGUUUCAGUAACUCCUGAAGAGAUUUCUCUAACAACCCCGAGCAUUUACAUGCUAUUGUUGUCCAGCUAUCUGUUUCAAUUUUUGCCAAAUCUCUUCCCUCGUAAAACGAUCUACAUGGCAGCAAACAUCAAUAGAUCGACAACGAAAGCUGUUACGGUGCGCAACAACGACAAAGAAGCGAUCAUGUAUACAAUCAGUUUCUUUAAUAACACUUCGAACUGUUUCACCGCUAAUUCCGACAAGAUCAGGGUAGCAGGGAAGGCGUCGCAUCAAAUAAAAUUUACUUUCCAAGCGAAUACGAUCAAUACAAUGAAGGUCUAUGCUGUUUUAAAUGGGGAGAACAAGGGAUACCGUUAUGCCAAAUGCAUGGUGUACGUGUUGCACGGUUUAACAAAAUUUGACCAGUGUACAAAAACGGUAAAGUUAACCGUACCAAUCUAUAAAUCGGUUAGUGUAAAUUUACCUAUCCACUCGCCAUUCGUAACUGAAGCAAUCUAUAAGGUGAAUUACGGCAUUGGAAAGACAAAAUCUUCAGAAGAGGUUCAUUUACUUUCUUGGAUGUCCACCGAACUGAUACCGGUACUCCCUUCUAGGAUCAUCUCUGAAAAGGAUGAGGUGAAAUGUAAUUCGAAAGGUAUUGGUAACCUGGGACUUCGAGUUUUCUGCUUAAGUGAAAACAUACGGAUUUACAUCUUGUUCUUUACGAAUCCCGAAAUCGGAGACUUUUGCAUAGAACUCCGAAUAUCACCUGACACGUCAGAAAUGAUCCCUUUGCCCGUAUGCGUCGAUAUUAAAAAGGAAAUUUUAUUGCGAAAGAUUAACGAAAAAUGUAUUUGUGGCAUGACCUCUGUCAUAAAGCGGUCUUCAUCGUGUAUCAGUUUGAGACAUUUCUGUCCAAAAUAUAUGAAGAUUUCAAUUCCGUGUCAAAACAGUCAACUGUGGAUUGGAGUUGGAAAUAUAUUUAGAAGCACCAUAACUGGCUUAAAGGACUGGAGCGAAAAUUUCGGUAAGAUAUUGUUCAGAACUUGGCAAAGUUCUCAGCAAAAGCUAUUACUGAAUGUGCAUUAUCCCUAG